AAAGUUGGAGAGCAUGUCUUUGCUCAAUUUCGUGAGCCACACUGUGAACGCCGUAAUUCUGAAAGCGUUGCUCAAUUAUAUCGUCUUGUGCGUUUGAACACUUCUUUAUUCGAUAUCACGUUGGCUACAAAUCUCGUGUCUUACAUAUGUGCUCGUUCAUCACAUCUCCCCGUUGAACUCACACCAUCAUCUAUUCCUCAAAUAAACGGUCAGGAUGUGGAAGCAAUAACUCAAGUUGUGCGCUUAAUGCUUCUCAUUGAUACUCCCGUUGCAAAGCUAGCCACUGAUCUUGCUGCUUUCAUAGCAUAUUUUGAUCACCACUACUGCACAAGUGCUUACGAUGAUUGGAUCCCACCAUUGGCAACCCUGCUUUCAAGAUAUGCCCGUGAAUCACUUGCAUUCUUCUUGACCGAGGAUUCUCUGGCUAUGCCUUGUAGAAGAGCUUUGCUGAGAAAGCUUAUCAAAGACGAAGAAUGCAGCCCCCUCCGCGCACUCUUAAUGGAGGAUUCUAAUUAUUUCAAUAAUAUGCUCGAAAAUAAGGUCAUGGAUCCGUCAGGCGAUUGGGUGGAAGCUUCUAAUGCCCAUCAAAGCGAGAAUGACAUUAUGGAACGUGAGAUGCUUUGUCUGCACAUCAUCGAUGCAGUUUCACGAAGGAAUGUACAUUGGUUUGCUGGAGCCAAGGAACUUAUUCUCAAAUUAAGACAGUUAUGGAACAAUGGCGACUUCAAGGCUCGUUAUGUGGUUCACGCCCCUUGCGAAAAGGAUCUUCUUGAAUUAACAAUAAAAAUGAUGACGGAACACAAGUACAAGGUUCCUAGGCUCAUCGUUAACUGCUUUAUUCGGUAUUAUAGGCACAAUAAUAAUGAUCUCGACCUUUUGUGUGAUAUAUUGUUCGUAUUCAUUGGUCGCUACGUAACAGACUUCUGUUUCGUUCGUGAAUUUCUUGAAAAGGAAGUGAUUCCGGCAUACUCUAUGGAGUGGCGAAGAAAACUAUUUUCUUUUGUAUUGGAAAAGUUUGAGGCUGGUGGUUCUACCGUAAUCAAAGAUCUCUUAUAUGUGAAAAUCCUGCAAUACGUCCUGAUUCCCAGUCUUCAGUGGGCGUUUGAGCGUUAUAAUGUCGAUGAGAUUCUCGGGGUGUUGCAAAACCCACAGGAUCAGCCAGAGAUGGAUCCUGAUGAUCUUGUCUACCGACUGGCACAUAUCAUAGACCAAAGUCGGCAAGUUAUGAGCGAUGGUAUCGUGAUUGCUUUGUAUCAACUCAGUACCUUGCUGGUUAAAUAUGCGCCUCGUCAUGUUCAUAACAAUGAUUCAAAAAAACAUGGAUGGCGAUUACGAGUGUUUAUGCUGUUUGCGUGGUCUUGUCUGACAGCAUCGAAUAGGCAGGAUGCUACGCUUCGCUAUACUGGAUUUCUGUUCAUUUCGCAUAUCUGCCAAAAGUUCCUCAUAAAUAGAAAGAUUGUACUGCAGGUAUUCCAAAGCCUUUGUGGAUCAUAUCAGUAUGAUAGCCGUGAGCUCGUACGCCGUGCAGCUGAUGUGGUAACAGCGGCAAUGCCAAUUCGUAUGGAAGAUGGACAUCAACAAAUGUUUAUAAACGUGAAGCGAGUCCUAUGUGAAGAAGCGCAUAGCCUUGCUCAUAUACAGCACAUCGUGUAA